AGUAAGACAGACGUCCUUUAAAAAGAGGAAACAGGAAUGAUCCAGUAGUGCUGAGAUAUUUUGAAAUGGUUUUAGUCCCUUAAACAUAAUAUUAACAUGAUUAUUUAUAAAUCUAGAUUCUAAACAUCUGCAUGACUCCAACUGAUCGAGGGGUUUGUGUCACAGGUUAGUAAGUGUUUCUAGUUGACAUCAGACUGUCUGAAGAUGAGUAAAGUGAUGGAACAAGACGACAUAUCAGAGUCUCCAGGAUCCAGCUGUCCGUCUACAAAGAGUGACCAGUCCAAAGAUCAUCCUCCAGUCUUCAGCGAUGAACCUGGACCCUCAGGCACAAAAGUGAAGAAGAAGAGGAGUCAUGUUUCUGUGGAAGACCAACCAUCCUGUUGUGUUUUGUGUCAGGAUGUCUUGAAGGAUCCAGUCUCUGCUAACUGUGGACACUGGUUCUGCAGACAUUGCUUUACCUCCUCCUGUCCUCAGUGUGGAAAAAGAUCCAGAACAGGACCUGAACUGCAGACAGCCAUUGCGAGCAGCACUGUACAAAUGGAUGUUUGUCUGCAGGAGGUUAUAGAUGAACAUAAAACCAGUCUGAAGAAGAGAUUAAAAUGUGUGAUUGAAGGAAUUGAUGGAAGAGGAAGUGAAACCCCCCUCAACAGCAUCUACACUGAGCUCUACAUCACAGAGGGACAGACUGAGGUUAAUAUCCAACAUGAGGUGAGGCAGCUUGAGACAGCUUCCGAAGUGGAGACCCUCCAUGACGGUCCAAUCAAAUGCUGCGACAUCUUUAAAGCCUUACCUGAACAGCCAAAACACAUCAAAGUUGUUCUGACAAGCGGUGUGGCUGGUGUUGGAAAAACCUUCUCAGUGCAGAAGUUCACUCUGGACUGGGCAGAGGGCUUGGAAAACCAAGAUGUCAGUCUGGUCAUUGAGCUUCCAUUCAGGGAGCUGAACUUGGUCAAAGACGAGAGGUACAGUCUUCUCACGCUGCUCCACGACUUCCAUCCAACAUUACAAAAGAUCACAGCAGAGACGCUCGCAGUCUGUAAACCUUUGUUCAUCUUUGACGGCCUGGAUGAAAGCAGACUUUCAUUGGAUUUCAACAACACUGAGGUUAUAUCUGAUGUCACACAGAAGUCAUCAGUCAACGUACUUCUGACAAACCUUAUCAAGGGGAAUCUGCUUCCCUCGGCUCUUGUCUGGAUAACUUCCCGACCUGCAGCUGCCAAUCAGAUCCCUCUGGCAUGUGUUGACAGAGUAACAGAAGUGCAAGGCUUCACUAAUGCCCAGCGAGAGGAGUACUUCAGGAGGAGAUUUAGUGAUGAAGAGAUGUCCGGCAGAAUCAUCUCACACAUUAAGGGAUCCAGGAGCCUCUACAUCAUGUGUCAAAUCCCAGUCUUCUGCUGGGUCACUGCUGAAGUUCUGGAUCACAUGUUGGCCACAGACCAGAGAGGAGAGCUGCCAAUGACCAUGACUGGCCUAUACUCACACUUACUGCUGGUCCAGACUGAGAGGAGGAAGCAGAAGUAUGAUGAGGGACCUGAGACAAGUUCACAAGAGCUGACAGAGGCUGACAGGGAACUUCUUCUGAAGCUGGGGAAGCUGGCGUUUGAGCAUCUGGAGAAAGGAAACAUCAUGUUCUACCAAGAAGACCUGGAGGAGUGUGGUCUUGGUGUCAGAGAGGCCUCGAUACACUCAGGAGUCUGUACAGAGAUCUUUAAAGAAGAGUGUGCGAUCUUCCAGAAGACUGUCUACAGCUUUGUUCAUCUGACCAUUCAGGAGUUUCUGGCUGCAGUCUACUUUUUCCACUGUUACACAAACAGGAAAACAGACAUAGUUGAUGAAUUCCUAGGUAAUUAUUGUUAUUCUCAAUCAUUCGUCAAUGAUACAGCUGAUGAUGAGGAUGACAACGAUGGAGACAUGGACAAUGGCCGAUCUCUUGAUGUCUUUCUAAGGAGAGCCAUGAACAAAUCCUUAGAGAGUAAAAACGGCCACCUGGACCUGCUUGUUCGCUUCCUUCAUGGUUUCUCUCUAAAGUCAAACCAGACACUUUUAAGAGGCCUGCUGGGUCAGGCAGACAGCAGUCCGGAAAUCCUCGAGAGAGUCACCAAAAACCUGCUGAAAAUGAACACACGUGAUAUUUCUCCUGAGAGAAGCAUCAACAUCUUCCCCUGUCUGAUGGAGAUGAAUGAACACUCAGUAUAUCAGGAGGUCCAAAAGCUUUUGAAGUCAGAGACCAGAUCAAAGAAGAAACUCUCUGAGGUCCACUGCUCAGGUCUGGCCUACAUGCUACAGAUGUCAGAGGAGGUUCAGGAUGAGUUGGACCUGGAAAAGUACAAAACAAAGAUAAAGGGAAAACACAUACUGAUUUCAGCUGUGAGGAACUGCAGAAAAGCUCGACUUUCUGGGUGUGAACUGUCAGACAUACAUUGUAGCACCGUGGCCUCAGCUUUAAGUUCCAACCCCUCCCACCUAAGAGAGCUGGACCUGAGUAACAAUUACCUGGAGAAUUCAGGAGUGGCAAAGCUGUGUGAUGGACUGAAGAGUCCACACUGUAGACUGGAGACUCUGAGACUUGGUGAAUGUGAAAUAACAGGGGGUGGAUGUGCUUCUCUGGCCUCAGCACUGAAGUCCAACCCCUCCUACCUGAAAGAGUUGGACCUGAGUAACAACGAACUGCAGGACUCAGGAGUGAAGCUGCUGUGUGAAUUUCUGGAGAGUCCAGACUGUAGACUGGAGACUCUGAGGCUUCAAAGCUGUGAACUAUCAGAGAUCAGCUAUGAUUUCCUGGCCUCAGCACUAAAGUCCAACCCCUCCCACCUGAAAGAGUUGGACCUGAGGAACAACAAACUGCAGGAUUCAAGAGUGAAGCUGCUGUGUGAAUUUCUGGAGAGUCCAAACUGUAGACUGGAGACUCUGAGGGUUGAUGGCAGAGAAAACGGGGCUACACCUGACCGACAUGACGGACAUAAAGAUCAGUCCACAUCAAACACAAAUGUCAAGUCUGUGGACAUCAGCAAUGUGUCUGCAUCUGAUGGGUCUGAGUACCUUGAUGCCGAGUCUGAGUACCUAGGCGAUGAGUCUGAGGACCAUGACAGUGAGUAUGAGGACCUAGGCAAUGAGUCUGAGGACCAUGAUGAUGAGUAUGAGGACCAUGACGAUGAGUAUGAGGACCACGACGAUGAGUAUGAUGACAUAGGCGAUGAGUCUGAGGACCACGACGAUGAGUAUGAGGACCAUGACGAUGAGUAUGAGGACCACGACGAUGAGUAUAUGGACCUAGGAGGCGAUGAGUAUGAGGACCACGACGAUGAGUCUGAGGACCACGACGAUGAGUCUGAGGACCUCUUCGGUGAUGGCAGUGUGGAUAAAAAGGAUCAGCUGUGUCCUGAUGAUCCAGAGCAGCAGCAUCAACUUGCCUGUCAAAGGGCUCUAUCAAAUGAUAAGUUCAUUUUCACACCUGAACUGACUGAGUCUGGAAAUACUUCAUACAGGUAUGAGUGUCCUCGUCCAGGUGUGUUCCAGUGUGCUAGAAGUGGACUGGGAUUUGUUAUGACUCAGGAGGCGGAGCUGCAGUACAGGACCACCCAGUGGGAUGAGAAAAUCCUCUAUGAAGCUGAGGUGAAGGCUGCAGGGCUGCUGUUCAAUAUCAAGUGUUCAAAGGAUGCUGCAGUCUGUCAGCUCCACUUCCCACACUGUGAAAUGAUGGAUGAGCCGUUGCCUGACGGCCUGCUGUCUGUCAUCCACAUUACUGAGGAUGGAACGAGCAUCCUCAAGCCGCUGGAGAUUACAGACACUCAUGUGGUUGUCAACGUCUCUCACCUGUCUGCCUUUGGCAUAGUGAGGCAUUUUGUUAAACGGUCAUUGAACAUAAGCAACACAACUCCAGAUAGAGGCCAAGUCCUGCUGUUCCUCGCACCGCCAAACCCAAGAACACAGAAGCAAAAACUCAAAGUGUUUCUCCUGCCAAGGAACAUCCAUCUAGACGAGGUCCGCAAACAGCAGCCACAUUUUGAGAACAUUGAGGUUCCGUCCACAUGUAAACUCAUUGACAAUCAAAGUUACACUCUUCACUGUCCUCAUGCCAUCAAAGUACAGCCUGAAAGAGCAGAGUUUGACCUGGAGUUUAGACCAUAUUACUUCCCAACAUUUGAGAUUCGCCUGCCUACAAACACAGAAGAAGUCACUUUAAUAAUCAAAGACAAAAAUCAGAUGGCGGUCUGGAAGCAUGACGUUGAUCUGACUGAUACAAGAAGGGAAACUACACAGAAAAAUGUCCCAGCCGAGGACAGGCUCCCAGCCGAGGACAGGCUCCCAGGCGAGCAGAGGCUGUUCUCAAUUCGGGAAGAGUUUUUAAAAAGAGAGUCUGAUGCUAAUCUGAACAAGAUUCUGGAUAAACUUCUUCAGUUUAAGAUCAUAAAUGAUGAGGAAAUGCAGUCAUGCAAAAGUAAAAAAGUCACUGCAGAAAAAGCACGAGAACUGAUCGACACAGUGCGAGGAAAGGGAUCUGAAGCCAGUACAGCCAUGAUCAGUGCUAUCUGUGAGGUGGAUCCUUACCUUUCCAAAGAGCUGAAAUUAAGCUGAAACGAAAGCUGGAAACUGGAGUGUGAUGAUGAACCUCUGUAACAUCUGGCUGAUUUACAGCCUGUUGUUUUGUUGUGUUGUAUUUUUAAUAGGCUGACUUUGCCUCAGGAAGCCUCACACAACAAAACUUUGACUGCAUUGGACACAUGUUGAGCAUGAAGGUGUAGAUGGUGUUUUUAUACCUAGUGUCCCAACAUACAGUAUGUCGUCAUCCUUUGGAUCAAAAUCUCUCUUUCAUGUUCUGAGCAUAGAUACAUUUCAUUCAGAGAGUUUUACAAAUCACUCCAUCCGGUUAAUUAAAGUGUGAAUGAGAAGCUUAGCUGCUCUGAACUCUGAAAGUUACAGAAUUUCUCUGAUGGACCAGUGGCUUGUUGCUAAAGUAGCUAACUGUAGCUGUUAAUAGUGGCCAACAGGCUUGAGCCUGGUUCCCACUGUUGUUCUUUGUUUAAGCCACUAGAUGGAGGAAGAACUUAACUGAUGGACAAAAAAAAGAUUCAGCUGGAGCCACGCACAGAAAUGAAAAGCAUCUUUCUGAGUGACUAUUAUACACCUUAUACUUGAAGAGAAGCUGGGAAAUCUGAUGCAAGUUUUUCCUCACUCGAACCGAGGGUCUAAGGACAGAGGGUGUCACUCCCUGUACAGAUUGUAAAGCCCUCCGAGGCAAAUGUACUUUGUGACUUUAGGCUAUACAAAUCAAAUCAAAUUUGAUUUGAUUUGUUCAGCAUCUACAACUAUUUGUAGCACUUCAUUAUGUACACCUGUACAGUCUAAUGUGAUCCAAUACAACCUAUCUGCCAUGAAUUUUACUUUGAUAGAGCUUUACAUUUUUCAGUUUUUGUUGACACUGUCAAAAGUGCCUGAGCGAGUUCUGUGUGAGAGUUAGGAGAAACUUUUAGGUUUUAGAAAAUGAUCCCAAAGCAUGCACUGAUCUAGCCUCAAGUCUAAAUGUAACAGGUGUCUGAUUUGUGAAAGUUGGUUUGUGUUUGCUGACUUGAUGAUGUUUCUGUGUGAAGGAAAAAAACUCUCCACUCCACUGGAAAUCCUGUUAAUUUUAACUACAGCUGCUAACUGAGCUGUCGUCUGAUGGUUUAGUUUAAAAGUCAAACUGAGAGUUGGCCUCACCUUCACCUUCAUUAUCUGCUGAUUGGAUCGUUUUGUAAAGUUUCAUUGUUUUUGUGUACUGCCCUGGUGCUUUCUGAUUGGACAAAUCUGUGAACAAAUUUGGAAUAAAUUAUGGAAAAUAAAACAUUUUAUAUCUCA